AUGUCCGUGUGAGUUCAUUCACACAUCCAUGUGUGUGUUUAGAUGGCAUGGCUGCGUGGCGCACGCACGCACGCACGCAACUGCUGGCCUUUUUAAGAACUGUCUUUUCGUGACUGAAUCAUAAAGAGGACAGUUGGAGUUUAAAUGAAUAAGGGAGCAGAGGAGAGAGAGAAAGAAAACGAGAGUGAGAGGGAGGGACUCGAUGUGGCCAUACAGGCUGCGGAGUGUUUAUUUAUUUGUGCUGGCUCCCCUUUUUCUUUCUUUCUUAUUAUUUGUCAACUGAUUUUCCAAAAUGAGAUUAAAAGUUGGAUUCAUCCUUCGAAGUUUACUGGUCAUUGGCACGUUUUUGGGUCUGGUUUUGCUUUGGUCUUCCCUGACACCGAAGGCAGUCGACGAUAGCCCGUUUGCUGGUGCACUGGCAGGAAGAGAUGCAGGUAAACUCUUGCAGCCCAAUCCUCACAAUAAUGACAUGGCUGACCAGUUCAAGCCAGUCGUACCUUGGCCCCACGUCGAAGGAGUUGAGGUCGAUCUGGAGUCUAUCCGCCAGAAAAAUGGUGACAAGCCAAACCCUGCAUUCAAAGCCCAGAACCAGCAGAAUGUCAUCCAGAAGCAAUACAUCACCUUUAAGCCUCACACCAAUGUGUUUAAUGAACCUGUGUUGAAGAAAGGAAUUCUGGGCAACUUUGAGUCUAAAGAACCUGAGCCUCAGGGGGUCCAGGGCGGACCGGGAGAGGGCAGCAAACAGUUCGUACUGGGACCGGAGUACAAAGAUUCUGUUCAGGCCAGCAUCAAGGAAUUCGGCUUUAAUAUGGUAGCCAGCGACAUGAUCUCUCUGGAUCGAACCAUCGGCGACUUACGGCAUGAAGAGUGUAAAUACUGGCACUAUGAUGAAAACCUCCUCACCUCCAGCGUGGUCAUUGUCUUCCAUAAUGAGGGCUGGUCCACACUGAUGAGGACAGUGCACAGUGUCAUCAAAAGAACCCCAAGGAAAUACCUGGCUGAGAUCGUCAUGAUUGAUGACUUCAGUAACAAAGUUCAUCUUAAAGAGAGGCUGGAGGAGUACAUAAAACAGUGGAAUGGGUUGGUCAAACUGUUCCGCAAUGAAAAGAGAGAGGGUCUGAUCCAGGCCAGGAGCAUAGGAGCCCGUAAAGCCACUCUGGGACAGGUGCUGAUCUACCUGGAUGCUCAUUGUGAAGUUGGGGUGAACUGGUACGCCCCACUGGUGGCCCCCAUUUCAAAAGACCGAACGGUCUGCACAGUACCGUUGAUAGAUUACGUAGACGGCAAUGAUUAUACCAUAGAGCCACAGCAGGGUGGGGAUGAGGACGGUCUGGCGCGAGGCGCCUGGGACUGGAGCCUCCUGUGGAAAAGGGUCCCUCUCAGCAGCAGGGAGAAGGCUAAGAGAAAGCAUAAAACAGAGCCUUAUCGGUCUCCUGCGAUGGCUGGAGGACUCUUUGCAAUAGAGAGAGAGUUCUUCUUCGAGCUGGGCCUCUAUGAUCCAGGCCUUCAGAUCUGGGGAGGAGAAAACUUUGAGAUCUCCUACAAGAUAUGGCAGUGUGGUGGGCAGCUUCUGUUCGUGCCAUGUUCACGGGUGGGGCACAUCUACCGUCUGCAGGGCUGGCAGGGAAACCCACCUCCUGCUCAUGUAGGCUCAUCCCCCACACUUAAGAACUAUGUGCGGGUGGUGGAGGUGUGGUGGGAUGAGUAUAAAGACUAUUUCUACGCCAGUCGGCCUGAGACUCUGACGCUGGCCUACGGAGACAUCAGCAGCUUGAAGAAGUUCAGAGAGGAACAUCGCUGCAAGAGCUUCAAGUGGUUCAUGGAAGAGAUUGCCUAUGACAUCCCUCUACAUUACCCACUGCCUCCAAAGAAUGUGGAAUGGGGAGAGAUUCGUGGGUAUGAGACCAGCUACUGCAUCGACAGCAUGGGCCACACCAAUGGUGGCAAUGUCGAAAUUGGGCCUUGUCAUAGAAUGGGUGGGAAUCAGCUCUUUAGAAUUAAUGAAGCAAACCAGCUCAUGCAGUACGACCAGUGCCUGACAAAGGGAGGAGACGGAUCUGCUGUCAUCAUAACACACUGCAACUUAAACGAGCACACAGAGUGGAAAUACUUUAAGGAUCUACAUCGAUUCACACAUAUACCUACAGGGAAAUGCUUGGAUCGCUCUGAUGUCUUGCACAAAGUUUAUAUAGCUGACUGUGACAACAGUAAGAGCUCACAGAAGUGGGAGAUGAACAACAUUGUGGCAGUGUGAGAGCCAUGCUCAAAUGUGCUUCAAGGAUAAACACUUGACUACAGCAACAGGUUUUACCAGUAUACAUGUGACUAGUUUUAGUCAUAACCCGAAUAACUCUGAACUCUGUCUUCAAUGGAGGGGAAAAAAAGUAUAUGAUCAAUGUUUACAUCGGUUCAUCCCCAGUGCCCAUCGCAUGGGUUUUUCUUUGGAAUCUGUGGAUCGGGGGAGGUCUACCUAACAGAAUGUUUUUCACACAAUGUGUGCUGAGAUGAAUUAUCUAAUACCACUUUUGUUGCUGCUCCAUUAUAAAAAAACAGGUUGUCCGUCAAGUACUGGGAUUCAUAUCUUUUUUUUAACACUGGACCUUCAUCAUGUUUGAGAUGACAACCUGCCACUUGAACUAUUUUCGUCUUUGGCACAUUUUUUUGCCAUAUACUAUGGGUAAAGAAUGGGAAUGGAGGAAAAAAGGGAAAUGGGGACAUAGGGUCAACAAUGAAAAAAAUAUGAUACAUUUAUUUUUAUCUACUGCAUAAAUGUUUGCUUGGUUGGGGGAAUAGAUGUUUACUUUUAUGUGAAAAUCAGCGAUUGAUUAUAAUACUAUUCAUGGCCAAAAAUCAUUUCGAGCAAUUGGAGCAAAUGUAUGUUUCAAGGGCAAGAAUGAUUGCAAUGUGUACAUUUUUGUACAAUGUAAAUAUGAUUAUUUCUAAAUUAACAUUUUGAGAUAUGGUGGGCUUCCCAAUGAAGGUGUAAAUAUCUAAGUUAUAAUGGCUGUUUUCUCAAGAAAAUAAAUGGAACAUUUUUACCAGUCUGCUGUAUUAAAGUGCUGUUUUUAGCAGGUUAAAUGAUAAUUCAACCAUUUCGAUGAUCAUGAGGAUUAAGUUAGAACUUUCCACAAAUAGGGUACCCCUUAGUAUCCUUUAGGCAUAAAUCACAUCUUUCCUGUAGGAAAAAUUGUGUUAGAUAAAAUAUCUAAUAUAAUACCGAACCAUGAAAAGUAGGUCACUUUAAUAGUUUAAUGCUGAUGCAGAAGCCAUGAUGUUGUUUCUUGACUAGUUGUUCCAAAUUGUAUCCAAACGAGUUGCAAAGCUAAAAUUAAGAAGCCAAACCGGUUAGAAUUAAUUGGUCAACAUUUUGUUUUCGGAGUUCCUGAAAUAAAGAACCACCUCCCGUUAUUGAUGAAAAAAUGUCAUACUAUUUUGGACUCUAUUCUUGGAAAGUGCCUACUAAAGCAGAAAUGAUCCCAAGCAUUUGAAUAAUUACAACUGUUUGUGUGCUGGUGAGGUUGUUCAAGGCAGUAGACUAAGCUUGUGGAGAAGCAGCUGUGCAGCAGUCUUAGUGAUACAGGUGAGCACGUCAUAUGAUAUAUAGUACAUCUUACUGCAUAGAACAUACCCAACCUAUAUAUAUAGGACCACUUAUCACAUGACCAAGCUAAAGGACAUCUCAGCCGAACAUAAAUCAUGCAUGUACUUUAGCAUAACUGGUUACAAAGGAGGUUGCAUGUGCAUUUAUGCCACUUAUUUUCCAGAUCAAGUCAUCCACUGGAGAUCAGCAUUUCCGUCGAUGAGUCAACCAAGUGACAAAAUAUGGUCCAAAAAUAAACAAGUUUAAGAUGACGGUUACACCCAAUCACGAGAAACUAAGCCUAACUGAAAAAAUAGCAAGUUAAGUGUAUUAGAAGCACAAACCUCUGCUUGUAAAACUAGGCAUACAUACAGAACAGCUUUGUUAUAAAACAGCUAAAGAGGAACGUGAACUAAAAGGUUUUUAUUUUAAAAGCCAAGUGUCAUAGUCAGCCUAGCCCAUUAAUAGCUUUUGUAUUUCAAUAAUGUCAGUUACUCAAUCAGCACUAGCUGAAAUUCUGCAAAAUUCUUUAAUAAGUCAAAAUUGCACACAGUGAAAAGGGGAAUUGGUCAUAAUAUACAAAAUUUAAUAAGAAAAGAAAUUCAGUCUACACAUCUUCAAAGCUCAUUUAAAAAAAA